GUCACGACAAACACGCGAAGUGUUGGGUGUACAUGGCACCAGCAGUUUUGUGUACGUUUCACGAUGUGUUCGUUUUCGUUCUGUGGUAUAAGUGACGAAUAUAUCUCAAGUGUACGUGUGAGUGACUCGUUUUCGUGGAAUAGUUCACGUGAUUCUGCAGCUGUGUCGUCGUGUCAUUAAGGAAAUACGUGUUCUGCCAAAAUUUUCUGGAUAUCACUGAAGUCUGAAGCACCUCAGUGUCAGAGCUGAUGUGCACAGGCAGAGGUAGCGACAACGGAGAUGGGGACAUCAGGAGUAGAUUCUCAGCAGAGCGUCAGGCACUGCAGUCCUCAAAACGGCGGGGAGGCGGCCAGAUGACGUCACGGUCGUGCGUGCCGACGCGUCAUGCGCUCCAAGCCUUCUUCCUUCAGAAAUUCCUGUUCCACAUCCAUGUACCUCGGAGGAGGUCCGACUCAGAGUCUAUCUAGCGACGUGGCGAUGGAACUGCACCCCACCGUCGACAGCAGCGGAGACCACUCGCGGAAACGCAAGAGCUCCUUCAGCAAAAACAGCGACAUCGAUGGCGACACUGGAGAUGACGUCAAGUCCGUACGCACCAAUGAGGACAGCAAGAAGCAGAACCACAGUGAGAUCGAGAAGCGGCGGCGGGACAAGAUGAACACAUACAUUACGGAGCUGUCAGCAAUGGUGCCCAUGUGUCAUGCCAUGUCCCGCAAGCUGGACAAGCUGACAGUGCUGCGCAUGGCCGUGCAGCACCUCAAGACCAUCCGUGGUGCCGUCCACUCCUACACUGAGGGCCACUAUAAGCCCUCCUUCCUCUCUGAUCAGGAACUCAAGACCCUCAUCUUACAGGCAGCUGAGGGAUUCCUCUUUGUUGUUGGCUGUGAUAGAGGAAGGAUUCUGUACGUCUCAGAAUCUGUUUCUCAAAUUUUAAGCUAUUCACAGGGGGACCUAUUAGGCCAAAGUUGGUUUGAUAUCCUCCAUCCCAAAGACGUAGCAAAAGUGAAAGAGCAGCUCUCUUCUUCUGAUCUUAGUCCCAGGGAAAGGCUGAUUGAUGCCAAAACUAUGCUCCCAGUGAAGACAGAUGUUCCUCAAGGGGUAUCACGGCUGUGCCCUGGUGCUAGAAGAUCUUUCUUCUGCCGCAUGAAGUGCAAACAUUCGCCUGUAGUUAAAGAAGAAGCUGAUACCACUACUGGUUGCCACCGGCGCAAAAAGCAGCAACCUCCAGAUCGAAAAUACUGUGUGAUACAAUGUACUGGAUAUCUCAAAUCUUGGGCCCCUGCUAAAAUAGGCCUUGAGGAACAGGAAAGUGAAGGGGAAGGUGAUGCCUGCAAUCUCUCCUGCCUUGUUGCUGUCGGUCGUGUCCAGCCACAAGUGACACAACGCUCACCACUGACAGGAAUGAGACGACCCAAUGUUCGAACAAUACAGUUCAUAUCAAGGCAUGCUCUUGAUGGCAAAUUCCUUUUUGUCGACCAAAGGGCUACCUUGGUACUUGGUUUCCUGCCUCAGGAGCUGCAUGGUACGAGCAUGUAUGAGUACUACCAUCAUGAAGACAUUGCACAUCUUGCUGAAUCACAUAAAAUAGCUUUGCAGGGUCCAGAAAAAGUUACAACUCAGGUAUACCGAUUUAAAAGCAAAGAGGGAUCAUUUAUAAAACUUCAAAGUGAAUGGAAAUCCUUUAAAAAUCCAUGGACUAAAGAUGUGGAGUACUUGGUUGCAAAGAACUCGGUCAUACUGUCUGACAUUCGGACUGUUGAAAGCAGUAUACCACAGACCGAAGGGACAAACCACUCACAUAGUGGUUUUGAUUUUUUCACACAAUCAAAUGGAAACAGAGAAAUGCAACGAUUCAUUAGUACUCAUGUAGAAGCCAGCAAAAUUGGUCGUCAGAUUGCUGAAGAAGUGCUAGAUUCUAUGAAACAAGGAGCAGAUUCAUCACCUGGCAGCAGUCCGUCACCAGAUGUUGAUCAAACACGGCCAUCAUCACAGAUGUCAACAAGCAACUCCAAUGAAUUACCUCAGCAACGAAAUGGCUCCACACGCUCAAAUCCUCUCAACAAUGGUGGAACAAGUUUCCCAAAUAUCCGGAACAAUGUGCAAUUGUCUAUAGCGAAUGAACCAGGUGUGGAUCCAGAUGAAGUUAUUCAAAUGAUUGAUGGCAAUGUCCUGCCUGAAUCUUCGAAUCCUAAUGCUUCCAAUGAUGGCAACGAUGAAGCAGCAAUGGCAGUCAUAAUGAGCCUAUUGGAAGCUGAUGCUGGGCUUGGUGGACCUGUUGACUUUUCUGGCAUUCCAUGGCCUCUGCCAUGAAGCUCUAACAAAGCCAUCGAGCACAAAAUCAAAUUGUAUAUACCUUGAGUGUACCUGCAUCCGAACUCUACAUUUGAGUGGAUAUUUAGUAAUGCUGUAGGUUUUGGCAUCAUGCAAAGAACAUUUUGCAACGUAGAAGGUUUUUUUAAUACUUUUGCAACAUGGACAACAGUAUUUAAAAGGAGUAAUCGUGCUCAUUUUUGAAGAAGAAGCCAUUUUGAUGUCAGAGUUAGCAAAUACAAGGUCUUCUGAAAGCAAUGAGAGUUUCUGAAACACAUUCCAUGAGGAGCUAUUGAAGUAAAGAUUUUGAUUGAGAAGUCUCCUUGCCUUUCACACUGCUACAAGACUUAACUGACAUCACAUUUUUAAAACUCAUUUUCAAAAUAGAAAAUGAAGAAAUGGAAUGUUCUCAGGGUUGUUAUUGGUCUCAGGACUGUGGUAAAUAUGUAGCUUGCAACAACACUUUCUACAUUGCUCAAUGUUUUGGCAGUGAAGUGAUUAUCGUGUAGUAGCAUCCAGAAGUGUUAAGUGAAGUGCUUUUGAAUGAAAUGGCCAUGCGGUAAUUAAGAACGCAUCCAAGAAGUACAUAGAACUUAUAGCCUUAAACAUGGAUAAUAAUGCUAUACACGGACAAUGUAUUUUAUUACGAAAUUUUAGUGUCAAUUUUGAAGAUAUUCUUGUAAAUAUUUAUGCCUCUGUACUCAAAGACUUUUCAAUGCAUUCUCGACAGAAGCUUUGGGAAGAGAAUCUGACAUUAUUUGCCAGGCAAAAAUGUUAUUUGGACCAAUGUUCAAUGUGUGUUGUGCACUGAUCUUGAAGAUUUGUUGUUAAAUUUUGUAUAGAAAUUGCAUGUAAACUGCAUUUUAAAUGUUGUUUAUCAAAUAUAAAUAUUUAUAUUUCUUGUU